AUGUCCAACACCUCAGACGCUGUCGCCAAAAAACGCGGUCGACCAAAGAAAAUUGUCGUGGCGCCGGCAAUCGAAAAAAUUUCCACCACGGCCUCGAAAUCGACGACUAUCAUCACUCCAGGCACAAGCAAAAAGCCAAUCUCGACCACGACGCCAACUCCAAGCAAAUCCCCGCUCAAAUCCUCGCGCAAAACCAAUUCCUCUCCAGCAUCGGAGUCUCACGCCGCAGCCAGCGCGCCAAUUGACCAGAAACCCGCAGCAAAGAAAGGCAGCCGGGCUCGGCAGAAGAAAACAUCUAUUUCUUCUCCUGACUCGCCGCAAGAACCGCUGGAAACACCCAGUGAUAGUAAUAAGGCAAAGAACGAGACGGCGGACGUGAAAUCUAGAUCCAAGGCCGUCGCAUCGAAUCCACCUACCGAACCGUCCAUAGCGUCGCUAACUCCAUCCACAGAAUCGAAGUCGAUUUCUCACACACAAUCUACAGAGUUACCAAGUAAGCAAAAAGUCACCGGAGGGAGGCAGCCGGAAACCAGAAGCACAGUUCAAUCUUUGGAGGGAAUAGAGCCAUCUUCUGGUGGCAGGGAGACAAUAGAGCAAGAACAGCACGCGGGCCAGACAAGACCUGCAAAUCCCGCCGACGCUGGUGCAGCCGUGAAGGGCUCCUAUAUCCUUAACGCUUUGGCGGCCAGCAGGAAAUCGACAAGAACCGCAACGUCCGUAGAGGACAAAACUAAGAUCUCAGGGUCCACAGAGCCCUCAACCGCAGCUCCAACGGACAUGCCUCCUCUGGCACGCAAGAAUGCCUCGUCGUCUGGGCCACGGCAGCGCCCGUCUCAACCACCGCCCAUCAAGCCACCAUUGAUCCAGACUGCUUCCGCUCCGAGAGAAGCACAGCGGCCAAAACCGCAACAAGCUCCGGUUGUCAAUCCGCAGGAUAUCAGAAAUACGAAACAAUAUAAAACUGCUGCGAGAAGAUGGACAUCGGUAAUGGUCGCGUUGCCAAUUCUGUUAUAUACCAGUUACGCCCUCUAUGAACGAGUCUUCGCCGAUAAAGCCCCCCGUAGUCUGCCAGGAACAAAUAAUUUCCCACCAGUCAGCGACAAUUCCACUUCCUCUUCCCCUUCGCCAUCAUCUCCAUCGACGCCAGCAUCCACGACCAUGACCCAAGACAAUUACAACGGUUGA